AUGUCUUACGCAGAGAUGGCUGCCAAGGGCCCUAAGCAGAGCCCUGAAGAAGUAAGUUUUCGUGCGCCCGCACCCCCACAAGUCGAACAUACCCCUGAUGACAGUGUUCAAUCGCUCGUCGACGUAGACAGCCCUCACAUUUCUUCCGUGCCCUCUGAUUAUGAGUCGCAAUCUAUCAAAACCGACACACAAGCUGAACGCAUACAACGCGAAGAGGAAGUCAAGGAGGAAGCUGAGAAGCUGAAAGAACGGGCAGCUGCAAAGAAGGAGUCUGCCAAGGAGAAGGCGAAGAAGAACGCUGACAACCCCGUUGUUAUUGGUAAUGCAGUAGGCCUUGCCAUUGUCGGUGGCAUUGUCGGAUUUGGUGCCUACAGGCAAUAUGCACGUGGUGAACUGACCGGCAAAGUCGUCGCUGCCUGGGCUGCUGCGAUUGGACUGUUUGGUGUUGGUGACUACUACGUCAGCCAGUAUUUCUUCAAGAGAAACCCGCCGCAAUAAAUGCGGGCUACAAUCUUCGCCCAAAACCCUACUCCAUUCGGCUAAAGUACCAUUGUAAUGUCGAGUUUGGCACAGUGGCUUCAUUGUCUAGACUCUGAUAAUUCGGCUUUGACUGGUUUAAGUACUAAGUGUGUACUGCUAUACUGGAAGAACACAAUAAGCUUGGAGCUUUAGAUUUGACUUCGACUUCGAGAGGGAUGCUUUCCCAAGACGACUUUUGUACAUACGAGGUUGACAUUCAAUAUACCCAUUCUAUUAUCUCUAUAUUACAAUCUUAUGAACAAUCGG